AUGAAGGAAGACCGCCCACCAUCGCCACAUCCAGCUGAACCAGAAUAUAAGCCAGAAUCAGAACCAGUUAAAGUAGAAGCACCUAUUUCAGAACCACCCGAUCUACUGGGUCUGGACGAUCCUAUUCCAGCUGACCAUAGUAAAAUAAACAAGGAAAUUCCAAGGAAAAUUCCUGAGAAGGCCUGGUACAUGAACCCAGUUUUCUCUAUCAUAAUUGGAGGCAUACUCCCAUUUGGUGCAGUAUUUAUCGAGCUGUUUUUCAUUCUAACAUCAAUCUGGUUGCAUCAGUUCUAUUACAUUUUCGGGUCCCUCUUCCUUGUGUUCGUAAUCCUAAUCAUCACCUGUGCUGAGAUUACAAUUGUGCUUUGCUAUUUCCAGCUGUGCAGUGAGGACUAUCUCUGGUCGUGGAGAUCAUAUCUGACAUCAGGGUCAUCAGCACUCUACCUCUUCCUUUAUGCGUCUUUUUACUUCUUCACAAAGCUCGACAUCACAAAAGCAGUAUCCGGUGUUCUAUACUUUGGGUACAUGCUGAUUGCUUCAUAUGCUUUCUUCGUGCUGACUGACGACUCAGAGAUCUCUGAUAGUGCUAUGGUUUCAACCAUCAGGAUCUCAAUGAAAGGCAAGAAAAGCAUGCGAAGCUUGUUCUUUCAACAGUGA